AUGAGUCUCUCCACCGAGGGCAUGACAAACAGGUCCUUGCUUCUGAGUCUCCCCCUUGAGGUCUUGCAAAAUGUUUUAAACCAGGUGAAUCCUCACUUGCCCUCGUGGAUACCCAAGACGCCUGUAGCUGACUUUCUCCAGGUGGAUUACAAGGCAGACCUAUAUUCUCUCUUGGAGGCUUGUCCAAGGCUCUAUCAUCUGGUCGUGCCCGUAAUCUGGCAAUCUAUUUCACUCAAGGUUCGCAAUAAUAGGAAGCUGGGAGGGACUUCAACUGGCAUCGUACACCUCCUGAGCGCCCGUUCCGAUCCAGUCAAUCGCCUCGAGUAUGUGAAAGAGCUUGUUAUUCAGGGCACUGGCCUCCCCCAAAAAUGGUGCUUCCAUCAGGACAAUCGAUCAAAAGCGUAUUUUCGCGACAUUGGUGCUGAAAUCCUGCUGUUUCUGAGCCACCUGAAGGAAAAUAGUUUGAAGCACUUUGUUUGGAAAUCUGGUACUUGCGUGCCAGAGGAGCUACUAGGUUACGAUGGAUACUUACCAGCAAAACAGCGCAAUCUGGAAACUUUGAAACUCGUUGUAAACCCUCGUUGCCUUGACGAUUACAUGGUCAACGAAUUGUGCCUUUCUGAGUUCAAGAAGCUCAAAUAUUUCUCUCUCGAGGGGACCAAGUCUAGUGAAAAUGAAUACGCUGUCACGGAGUUGCUGCAAGGAACAUCGCAAACACUGAUUGAGCUUGAGCUCAACAUCGCCCCAAAAGAUUUCUUUAAUCCCUGGGUCGGCUCAAGUUGGCAUGUGCUCAAUGUCUUUUCAUUGAAUGCUUUACUUCUUACCCUGCCCGCCAAGAACUUUGUUUACCCAAAUAUGCGACUGUUGUCACUUAGUUUCGUCUCUUUCGAAGGUUCUGAAGCGGGUUUCGCCAAAGUCAUAGAUUUUCCUUCUUUGACAACAAUGACUCUUCGCAAUUGCCGAGGCUGGGGCGAGUUAUUUCGAGAGAUAACCCCUACAUGUCGGCCAAUGAGCCUUAGAUGGUUGGAGAUUCAGUACGACAAAUUGGCAGAUGGAGAUGUUGAGAACAUUGUCAAGUUACUGAAUUGCUGUCCUAACUUGGAGAAUCUUGCGGUUGGCCAUGGGCAUGACAUGAGCCACUUUACCACCUUCAAGAUUUGGGAGGCAGCUUGCCUCAACAAGGUCAAUUUUCGAGGAUUUGUCUUUCAUAUGGUUGAUGUCAGGGCGUCUCAGGACUUUCCUUCACCUCGCUCUGAGCAUUCGGUGGACCUUCUAGUCACCACUUCCACUUAUAUCGCAGUUCCUCAUAAAAAUCCAUUCACCCAUGCUAAGCUCGACUUCCUUGGUAUCUGCUGCUAUCCUGACGAAACAUUGCAAGGCAUCCUGCUACCUUUUACGAAAAACAAUUGUCUACGAGUCCUACACAUACGCAAGUCCGCAAUUGAUUCCACCGGGACUACAUUUUUCAAGACACUACUCAAUAAGUUUAUUCGAUGGGCGUUCAGUCCUGAUGGUAUAACUUCUCUGGAAUGCUUGUUGUUUGGUGACUUUUCGGCCAGAAAAUUCAGGAAAAACGUCAAUUCUCGGUCGGACCGCAUUGCAACGCCUCCGUUUUACGAAACGACUCUUGAUCCAGACAUUGGAGACCUCUCUCAGAGGCACAGGUCCUUAGCUACGGCCUGUCCGUCUCAGUUUGGGGUAUUUUGA